GGUGGGCGCGAGCAGCGUAACGUCCUUUUGCGCGGACACUCGGCAGGCGACGGCGGAGUGUGGAUGGAGGCCUCGGCCCCUGGCCGGGCGCGGCGGGGCUGGCGGUGGGCCCGGGACGCGGGCUCCCCGCUAUCCCGGGCCGCUGCCCUCCUCUUUCUCUCCGCCUACUUUGUGCGGGUGCCCCCGUCAGUUGGAUAUUUGGUUCGAUUACCAAGAGCUUUUCGCUUGACCCAAGAUUCAGUGAAAAUAGUGGGAUCAUCAGAUUUUCCAGUGAAAGUAUAUGUCAUGCACCAUCAAAGGAGCCCACAUGUGUUAUGUGUAACUCAACGACUGCGAAAUGCCGAACUGAUAGACCCAUCGUUCCAAUGGCAUGGGCCAAAAGGAAAAAUUGUUUCAGAAAACAGCACUGCACAGAUAACAUCCACAGGAAGCCUUAUAUUCCAAAACUUUGAGGAGAGUAUGAGUGGCGUUUACACUUGUUUUCUCGAGUAUAAACCUACUGUGGAAGAAAUUGUUAAAAAUCUUCAGCUAAAAUAUAUUAUAUAUGCUUAUCGUGAGCCUCAUUAUUAUUACCAGUUCACAGCUCGAUAUCAUGCAGCUCCCUGCAAUAGUAUCUAUAAUAUUUCUUUUGAGAAGAAACUUCUUCAGAUUUUAAGCAAAUUGGUUCUUGACCUUUCAUGUGAAAUUUCCUUACUUAAGUCUGAAUGUCAUCAUGUUAAAAUGCAGAGAGCUGGUUUACAAAAUGAAUUGUUCUUUACCUUUUCAGUUUCAUCUCUAGACACUGAAAAAGGACCCAAGCCAUGUACAGAACAUAAUUGUGAAUCUUCCAGCAGACUAUCCAAGGCUAAAAAUCUCAUAGAGAGAUUUUUUAAUCAACAAGUAGAAGUUCUUGGGAGACGGGCAGAGCCAUUGCCUGAAAUAUACUAUAUUGAAGGUACUCUCCAAAUGGUUUGGAUUAAUCGCUGCUUUCCAGGUUAUGGAAUCAAUAUCCUGCAACAUCCAAAAUGUCCUGAGUGCUGUGUGAUCUGCAGCCCUGGAUCAUAUAACCCCCGUGACGGAAUUCACUGCCUUCAAUGCAAUAGCAGCCUGGUGUAUGGAGCAAAAGCAUGCGUAUAGGCUAAUAUCGUAAAUUAUUCAGUGGUUUAUUAAACACAAAAGUAUAUUUUUGAAAUAUUAGUAUAUAAUAAAUCACUAUUAUGUAUUAUGCCAAAAUUAAAUAUAUCAGAUUUUACAAA